UCGUCACUGUACAUUUUUCUUUAUUUUCUCGAAUCGUUGUAGUCGCAAUAUCCAGUGCUACAUACACAGCAGCCUCUGAUCCUUGUUUCAAUUUAUAGUUGUUUUAAAAUCACAAUUUUUUUCAGUUUUACGUUACAAUGAAUGUCUCGGAGUACAGGGAUCGUAAAUUGGAGUUUGUAUCGAAUUUGGAAGGGACUUCUAUCUGGGUUAUUCUGGUAUUAACACACCUGUUUUCAACCUUGCCGUUUAUUCGCGGUUUUUUACGUCAUCAGAUGUCAAUUCAAAAUAUAUUUCUUUUAUUUCACUUUGACUUCCUUUUCCUAAUAGUGCCAACUUUGACGUUUGUUACCUUCGCGUUUCGUAAAUUGUUUUCUUUAGCUGUUUUCGUUCACGCGAUAUUUAUAAUUUUAUGUUUUUGCUCACGAUUCAAGAAAUGCCAAACCGAGAAAGUCCUGAGGCCUAUAAUUGUAGAUGCCGACAGUAGGGAGGUUCGCUUCGUCUGUAAGUCUAUUCUCAAUAUUGUUACCGCAAUUUGUAUCUUAGGAGUUGAUUUCCAUGUCUUUCCUAGAGAACUUGCAAAAGUAGAAUGGCAUGGGACAGGUCUUAUGGGAGUCGGAGUGGGAAGUUUUGUCUUUUUCAAUGCCUUCACUACUAAUCGCCAAGAUAACUUUAAUAUGUUUAUGACAACACUUUUUUUGAUGGUUAUUGGGAUAGUGCGAUCCCUAUCUGUGUUUUUGACAGGAUACCAUAACCAUGCAUCAGAGUACGGAGUCCACUGGAAUUUCUUUUUAACUCUUUCAAUUGUGCAAAUAAUUUUGUUUUUCGGAGAAAAGUCGAUUGGUCUGAAAAAAAUUAUAACCCUGGUAGCUUCAGUUUGUCUCGUUUUACAAUACGCGUUAGUUAAAUGGUUGGGCUUCUUCAUACAAUUUAUGAAUGAUCGAUCAAACGUGGUUUUGGCCAACAUAGAAGGAAUUGUCUCGCUUCCUGGUUUUCUGCUCAUUGCUGCGAUGGGAAAAGUGUUUGGCAAACUUUAUUUAGAAAAUUUUCCAAACUUGAAAAUCGAAAGUCAAGUAGUCUUUACUGGUGCGAUAAUCGCAAUGUUCUUGUGUGUGCAGUUUUGUGUGGAAUUUUUCGUUGAAGCAGUUUGCAGACCAACAGCUAAUCUUAGUUACGAAUUAUGGAUGGCAGUUUAUAAUUUGGAUAUGAUAUGGUCCGUGAUUUGUAAUUUAUUUAUCGUUUCCUUGGUAGCAUCUUUGAGUAAUUGUAAUUUGGCGCUUAUCUAUGGUAAAUGCGAAAAAUGUUUCACGGGAGGUCGAGUUGAGUGUGGGUGUUUAUAUACAGCAGUCUACAAAAAUCAGCUGCUCUUCUUUUUAUUGGCCAAUUUGUUAACUGGUGCUGUAAAUCUGUCAGUUGACACUUUGGAAGUGGAUAACUUUAUUGCAAUAGUUAUAUGCCUAGCCUAUAUGUAUAUACUCUGCGCGGUAGUUGUGCUAAAGGAAAACUGGAUGACUCGUUAUAAAUUUGGAAGCACGAAUGAGAAAAAAAGUUGAAAAAUAUUAGCCGUGAAUUGUUUCGAAAAACCAUUAGAAUUCUUAAUUUAAAUGUAAACAAGACUGCUCGUAUUAGGGCGAAGCCUUGAAUGUUCCGAUUACCUUUUAAGGUUUAUGGAGCAGUAAUAACAUGAAAAAAUGAAAUAAAAUAAAAUGAAUUUUUUUUUCUAAAAUUUGAAAUUUUCUAAUGAAAAUCAU